GCCCGCAAGCGAAAAAGUUCUGUAUCUUGAAGUCUUGAGCUGGGCCCUCUUAGAGUUCGCCCACCAAACCAAACCAAUGCCUCCUCGCGUUUCCGUAACACUUCUCUCUCUCUAACGGCUCGGCUCCGCCUCCCACCACCACCUGGGUUGCCGUCAGUGCAGUGCUCGCCUGAUCGCCGUCGGGGGUCGCCGGCGAACUCUCCGGUCAUUCGUCGCCGUGAACGUGCCGCGAAGGUUCUCGCUCCCCUCGUUGCCGGCGUUCCCUCUCUUGGGUUGUCUGAAUCUCUCCGUAUCCGUGCUCAUUGGGCAGUUGGGUCCGGCGGCUCUGCCCCUAAGAAGACGUGACGGUCCGGCGACUACUCCAAGUCUCUUCAGGGGGGAAAAAUGACGAACGACCAAAAUGAAGAUAAGCAAGCUUCUAGCCCCUCGGCUGUUGGCUUGAAAGAAAUGGUGGAAGAACAAUAUCGGAAGAUAAAAGAGAAUGCAGAAACAUAUCCUUACGUUUGGGCUUCAUAUAUUCUAGUUUACGGAGGAUUCGCUCUUUGGACAACAUAUAGGUGGAGAAAGCUUCGGAGGACUGAGGACAGAGUUCGAGUCCUUCAAGAAAGACUUCGCAAACUCGUCGAAGCUGAAGAAUCAGCAAGCUCUGUAUCAUCGGUGCAAAAGGGUCAGCAAUCUUCGGUUGCAUCAGUAGAGAAGGGCUCUUCAUCGGGCGCAACACCACCACCUACUAAAUAGGGUCCCCGUAGAUCUGCUUUCAGCUAAUGGUGGAUGAAACGCUCUCGAGUCACGGUCGACAGAUGAGACCUCCGUUUUUUUGGGAUAGUGAAAUUGCAAAUCGAUCCUCAGCCUGUCUUGGCAAUGUUUUCUUGAUCUCUGCCUAAAAACAACAUUUCAAUUACUUGGCAGUGAUGUUUUCUUUGACAGGGUGUGAGAGAUGAUUGUGUUCUUGGAAAGCAUCGGGCAAUAAAAAGGAAAAUGUUAUUUUUUGGGGUGGAUUGGAGCUUAGAUUGGUGUAAUUGUUUCAGUUGGGUUAUUGUGUUUUUCCAAAUAUAUACAUUUCGAGACUCACUCUUGAAUCAA